GAGAGAGAGAGAGAGGGAGGGGGGAUGGUGUUUUUCUGGCUUUGAGUCUGAUUGGGGGCUAGAGAGAGAGAGAGAGAGAGAGAGAGAGAGAGGGCGAGAGAUAUGGCCCUGAAGUCAAAACUUGGGAGCUGACGGAGGUCUCCCGGUGGGCGGCCGGCGGAAUCGGGACUCGGAUGGUAUUUCCCAUCGCCGGUGGUGGCGGGUCUCAGAGAUGGGCGGUGGCUGUAGGUAGAACAGGCGGAGGCGGCGACGGAGGCGGAGGAGGGGUGAUAAGGGGGUGGAGGGGACGGCCAGUGGAGGAGGAGGAGGGGUUGUGGACGAGGACGAGGGGGGAAGAUGAGGAGGGGGAAGGGUAGGAACGGGCUGCUGCCCAACUCGCUGAGGAUCAUCUCCUCGUGCCUGAAGACGGUGUCGUCGAACGCUGGGUCGGUCGCGUCCACCGUCCGAUCGGCGGGGGCGUCCGUGGCGGCCUCGAUCGCGGUGCCCGCCGAGGAGGAGAAGGACCAGGUCUUGUGGGCUGGCUUUGACAAGCUUGAACUUGGUCCAUCUUCAUUCAAGCAUGUUCUACUUCUUGGGUAUUCUAAUGGAUUUCAAGUUCUUGAUGUUGAGGAUGCCUCUAAUGUCUGUGAACUGGUCUCUAAGCAUGAUGGUCCAGUUACAUUUUUACAGAUGCAGCCAAUUCCUGCCAAGUCUGAGGGCAAUGAAGGAUUCAGAGCAUCACAUCCUUUGCUAUUGGUUGUUGCUGGUGAUGAAACCAAUGGCUCAGGUAUGGUGCAAGGUGGUCGUCUGAGUGCAUUGAUCAGAGAAAGCACUGGCGAGCCUCAUUCAGGAAAUCCUGUCUCCACUCCCACAGUUGUUCGGUUUUACUCACUAAGAUCUCACAAUUAUGUGCAUGUAUGGAGAUUUCGGUCGGCUGUAUAUAUUGUACGAUGCAGUCCUCAAAUAGUUGCUGUGGCUCUUGCAGCACAAAUAUACUGCUUUGAUGCAAUUACUCUUGAGAAUAAGUUCAGCGUGCUGACUUAUCCAUUGCAAGGAGCAGCUGGGGUUAAUGUUGGUUAUGGCCCGAUGGCUGUUGGUCCAAGAUGGUUAGCUUAUGCUUCCAAUAAUCCACUGUUGUCAAACACAGGGCGCCUCAGUCCCCAAAACCUUACCCCCUCACCAGGUGUUAGCCCAUCAACUUCCCCUGGCAGUGGGAGCUUAGUGGCUCGUUAUGCAAUGGAAUCUAGUAAACAGUUGGCUGCUGGAAUACUCAAUCUUGGAGAUAUGGGAUACAAAACACUUUCAAAAUAUUGUCAAGAGCUUCUGCCUGAUGGUUCUAAUUCUCCCUUGUCAUCGAAUUCAAGGAGGAUUGGAAGACUUCCAUCAACAGCGCAUCAUAGUGAUGCAGAUAAUGCAGGAAUGAUUGUAAUCAAGGAUUUCAUUACAAAAGAAGUCAUUUCACAAUUCAGGGCUCACACCAGUCCUAUAUCUGCUCUGUGUUUUGAUCCUAGUGGUACCCUUCUGGUUACAGCUUCUGUACAUGGGCAUAAUAUAAAUGUCUUUCGGAUCAUGCCAACCUGCAUACCAAAUGGUUCUAGCUCUGGGCGUUAUGAUUGGACUUCGUCUCAUGUUCAUCUAUACAAGCUGUAUCGUGGACUAACAACUGCUGUCAUACAGGACAUCUGUUUUGGUCAUUAUAGUCAAUGGAUAGCAAUUGUUUCAUCCAGAGGUACCUGCCAUAUAUUUGUGUUAUCUCCAUUCGGUGGUGAUGCUAGUCUUCAACCACAAGAUUCUCAUAGUGAUGGGCCGAUCCUUACUCCUAACCUCACAUUGCCAUGGUGGUCAACUACGUCAUGCAUUACAGAUCAACAAUUUCGUCCACCUCCACCUCCACCUCCUGUUACACUUUCUGUAGUUAGUAGGAUAAAAAAUUGUAAUUCUGGUUGGCUAAAUACUGUUAGCAAUGUUGCAGCUUCUGCAGCUGGAAAGAUAUCGGUACCGUCAGGUGCCAUUGCUGCUGUUUUCCACAAUUCUAUAUUCCAUGAUAGUCUACAAAUUCCCUCCAAGGCCAAUUCAUUGGAGCAUCUUUUGGUUUACUCUCCAUCUGGUCAUGUGAUUCAACAUGAACUUCUGCCAUCUUCAGGUGCAGAGUCAUCUGAUAGCAGCUCAAGAAUUGGAUCUGGUCCUCUUUUGCAACUUCAGGAUGAGGAGUUGCGUGUAAAUGCUGAACCAGUUCAAUGGUGGGAUGUCUGCAGAAGAUCUAAUUGGCCUGAAAGAGAGGAAAAUAUCCUUCGAAUUGCCUUUAGGAAUCAACAGAAUGCUGAGACAGUCAUGGAUACUUCUGAUUGUGAAGAUAUUGAAACUUCAGGUUCUAUGUCAUCCACCAAUAGUAUAGCUGGUAAAGAGUCAGUAAAGAGUCACGAAAGACCCCACUGGUACCUUUCCAAUGCCGAAGUGCAGAUUAGCUCGGGAAGAAUUCCAAUAUGGCAGAUAUCUAAGAUUUCUUGUUAUGUGAUGGAUCCAUCAAGAACUAGUGGAAGGUCUUUUAAUGAUUGUACUAAUGGAGAGAUUGAGAUUGAAGAGUUAUCCUUUCAUGAGGUCGAAAUAAGGAGAAAAGAUUUACUACCAGUUUUCGAGCAAUUUCACUGCUCCCAGUCAGAUUGGAGUGAUAGGGGUCUUGCUGGAGGACGAUGCCAAACUUUAUCAUCAGAGACUGACCCAGCUAGAGAUAAGUUCGCCAAUGGCACCAUCAUUAAUCACUCCAUGCCUUUAUCUCUUACAUCUGAAUCAGAUGUUGGGUCAAGAACUGCACAAAAUUUGCUUGAUUUGGAUGGACACUGUAUGGCAGGGCGGUGUGAACCUGUUAGCUUGCAGUCACUGGAGAAUGCAAUUCCUCAUGAGUCUCUGCAGAGUUCAACUUUAAUGGUUCAUUGUGAGGUAGAAGAUGGAAGUGUGGGUUCCAUGCUUGCAUCAUGCCAAAUGAAUUCAUCUGCUAUGAUGCGAAGGAAAUUAGCUGACAAAGAUUGUGCCUCAUUUAAUUCGAGACGCUCUAACAGCUAUUCUCUUAUGCAUGGCUCUGUUAUAAAUGGCUUAUCCACUACAGCAAGUAGCUUGUCAUGUGCUGGGAGACCAGUCAUUGCAAACACUCACUCUUCAAAUGGCACUUUAACCAAUGAAGUCUCAAAUGCUUGUAUUGCCAAUAUGCAUUCAGAACAGAUGGAAACUUCUGAUUCGCAUAAUUCACUAGAGUUUACCCAAUAUUUCCAUGAAGGCUAUUGUAAAGUAUCUGAACUCGAUGAUUGCCGUGAGUUAACUGAAGCUGUUACAGAUGCAGACAGCAGCAGCAGCCACUGCGAGAGAGAAAAGCCUGAGGAAGAUGAGGACAAUGAUGAUAUGCUGGGAGGUGUAUUUGCCUUUAGUGAAGAAGGUUGAAUGUCAGUAGGCAAUUCCCCUGUACAUAUAGAUAGACUGAAUCCAUACUUCCUCCAAUUCCAUUCGUCAUACUGUUGAAAAUGGUGGCUUCUUAGUAGGAAUGUUUCAUUUGGAAUAAAUGUUGUGGGGAGGAUCAACUUCAACCCUUAUGGUACAUACUAAAAGGGCCUCUGAAUGAAGGACCCACAAUUCAGUGUAGAAGUGGGUGGACGGAAGUCGAAGUCUUCUGCUGAAUCACGUCUCUUUUCCCUACUCUUUGUACAUUCUGUGGAUUUGAAUUUGUAAGUGAUGGAGUGGUUGCUGGACAUGGGAAAGUUGGGCACUCUUGGUAGAGGUUAUUGUUGACAACAUUUCCCUGCCUUUGAGAUGGCCUCUCCCUCAAAUUUAGCUGUACAGAUGUGACUACUGUUUAAAUGGCUUCCAAGGAUGAUUCAUAGUGUAUGUUUCCUCCUGUAGUUGGGAAGUUGAUUCCAGUCUCGUAUGGUUUUGUGUAUUGAUCAUCUAGCUUUGAUUGCUUUCAUUGAAAUACUGUCUGAAUUAUUUGUCUCUUGUUAAUGAAGAUAACGUAUCCAAGUAUUCUUUUCUCCAAA